GUAAUUUCCAUUGAAUUUAAAAUUUUGUAGUAAAGUUGUUGAGUAGCCGAAGGUUGUACUAAAAAAAGAUUCUUAAACAACUUCAUUUGUACGUAUCUAGAUCUUUAUCGUCAAUAAAAUGGGUGAAGAUCGAACAGAGCUUGUUUCCACUGCCAAGUUAGCAGAGCAAGCAGAACGAUAUGAUGAUAUGGCUAAUGCUAUGAAAACAGUUACUGAAAUGGGCGGUGCGUUGCAACAAGAGGAAAGAAACUUGCUUUCUGUGGCAUACAAAAACGUAGUUGGUGCCCGACGUUCGUCCUGGAGAGUCAUUUCCAGCAUAGAAGCAAAGACCAAAGAAUCUGGUAACGAAAGAAAACUUACAUUGGCUCAGGAAUACCGGGAGAAAGUAGAAAUCGAACUUAAGAAAGUGUGUAAUGAUGUACUUAACUUGCUGAACAAAUUUUUGAUACCAGAGGUAACAGAUAAAUUAUCAAAAGCUGAAGCAGAGUCAGAUAUUUUCAAGCUUGUGGAAUCCAAAGUAUUCUAUCUAAAAAUGAAAGGAGAUUAUCACAGAUAUUUAGCAGAAGUUGCUCUGGAUGAGGAACGCAAAAGUGUGAUGGAAGAAUCAGAAACUGCAUAUAAAUCUGCUUACGAUACAAGCUGUGAGGGUGUAAAUGGUCAAGGAAAGAUGAAGCCAACUAACCCAAUAAGAUUAGGACUUGCUCUGAAUUUUUCUGUAUUCUACUAUGAAAUUUUCAAUGAUUCCAAAAAAGCUUGUGAACUUGCAAAGAACGCGUUUGAUGAUGCUAUUGCUGACUUAGACACGCUAAGUGAGGAGUCGUACAAAGACAGCACGCUAAUAAUGCAGCUUCUUAGAGACAACUUGACACUAUGGACUUCAGAUGAAAAUGCUGAAGGAAACAAUGAUGAUAACUAGCAACAAAAUAAAUUUAAUCUUGUUGGUAUGGCCGGAGUUAGUUUUUUCAAAAAAAAGCUGUACGAAUUGACUGAAUUUAUUAGAAGACAAUUUUAAACAAAAUACUCUGAACAAGGGAAUUACUAAGUUGAUAAUGUGCGUGUUUGUAGGAUAUAUUUCCUUGUAAAAAUUGAAUUUCAUGUAGCUAGCUAGUUGUUUUUGAUUUAUGUAUAAUUUUCAGUCAGUUUUUUUUUAAUCACUUUGUUUUUUAAAAUCCUAAAUAUUAGUAAAAAAAGGAACUGAAGACACUUCUGUUGGUCUAACCUAUUUGUGGGAGGAACAUUUACCAUUUUAGUGUCAAAGAGAAAGAAAAAAAAAACAUUGAAGGAAAACUCAAUAGGUCUUCAUAAAAUAUUCAUGAUAUAAAUAAUGUUUGAGAUUUUAUGUAUGCAGUUGUAUUCAUAUUGGAUUUUUUUAUUCUGCAAAAUAUACCAUAUUCUACGUUGAAAA